UUUGAGCGCUACAGAUUUUCAACUAUUAUCUACCUACUCCGCUAUUUCUCGAAACGUUUAACUUCAGUCACACAAAUACAACCUACUUCCAGGCUCGGAUCAAUAGGGGCUUCAGGCGGUUGAUAUCAUCUUUGGGUAUCUCCGCCCAGCUCCAGGGGUGUUAUCGGAUCACAGCCGAGAAACACACAUUCGUGAUUUUUUUAUAUAAUACAUCUUUUAGGUUGAUAAUUCAUCGACAUGGUACCGCCUGCUGCCAUGAAGAGGCGCGCCUCAAGCGUUAGCACAGUUGAACUAGCGAGACAGCUCGAUGUCAACAAAUAUCAUCAGCCGUGGCUCGACUCGAGAAAGCUGAAGACGGUACCUGCAAAUACAGGUCCCGACGAAACCCGAUCCGUAAAGUGUUCUCACGAUACGACGCUUACCGCACUCGCUCAGCUGGCUGCCUUGAGAUUGAACGCUAAACGCGGGAUGGUAUCUUUGAUCGACUCAAAUACGCAAAUAAUCCUUGCCGAAGCUACCCAAACUGUCUCACUCGUCGAUGAGAGGCGGCACGCGCCUGGUGAUCACAUAUGGCUUGGGAACGUCUCUCUCCCGCGGCAGGAUUGUAUGGAUGAGCAUGCUUUCGGGGCUAAAACAAUAUUCAAGGACACGGAGGGCGGUGAAGUGAACAUGUCAGCGUUUGUUGUUAAUGAUACGUUGGAAGAUGAUCGUUUUAAAUUUCGUCCUUAUGUCACCUCUGGAGCUAGCGUUAGAUUCUACGCCGGUGUACCGAUUGUCACAAAGCAAGGGUCUGCUAUCGGCGUUUAUGCUGUUUCGGAUACUCAACCGAGGCCUCAGGGUAUUGCUCUCGAAGAGGCACGGUUUAUGGAAGACGUUGCUCAAGUUGUUGCCAAUCAUCUGGAGAGGGUUGGUAAGUAAUACCAUGAGUCUAUUAGUGGAUGCGAUCGGCCGUGUUUCAGAGAGGGAUUUUAUGAGAGGCAUCUCGUAUUUUCUGGAGGACUUGUCCGAAUACAAGUACCAACUCAGCAAGACGGAUCGAUUCAUGCAACCCAAUAACAACACCAAACGUCAAUCGGACGUGCGAGCAACUGAUCCUCAGAAGGAGCCUCCACGAGGGCGUCGCAGCCAAUUCAAUUCGACUUCUCUGUCUGGGUCCAAACCCGAUUCCUGUAAAAGGGGCAUCACUUCACAUCAGGCCGAUGUAACCCAAGUCCCCCGGUAUUCUAGGGAGAGCGUCUCUAGGGGAAGAGAAAUGCCUGAUUCUCCCGAGGACAAUAUUCGCAGAAUUUUCGAUCAGGCUUCUCAAUUACUUUGCCAACAAACCAACGCAUCCGGGUGUGUAUUUGCCGAUGCCUCAUCAGGCUUAUUUUCUCGCCCAUCUGAAAGCGGAAUCUCACCUCAUGGAGAUGACGACCCCUCCAUAGUUGCAGAUGUUAAUUUUGAAUCGUCCGAAGAUGAGGAUAAUGAUAUUGAGAUCGUUGAGGGUGACGAGGAGCUUUCUCCGGGAUGCGAACCCAGCCGGCCGCAAGCGACUUUCAGCGACCGAUCGGACGAAAUGGCAGAUAUUCUGAGCCUAAUCGUGAUAAAUGGUCCGGACGAGAAGCACCGCGGAGGUAUGAUCAAGCGUAAGAAUCUGAAGAAAUUAAUUCUUCGCUAUCCGUUUGGCAAAUGUUUCUAUCUGAAUAAGGGACGCGUUGUAUCCGAUCAAAGCUCUGCUUACGAUGAGAUGAUUGCUGGGGGCGGUGCGAGCCAUUUCGUACUAAAUGCAUCAGUAAAAGAUACGGAGGAUCCACCUCACAAGUUGUUACCACGGGAACUUCUUAGUCGCAUACCAGACGCCAAAUGGCUAAUAUUUUUACCCCUUUUCUAUUAUGCCCAGGGUAAAUGGUUUUCCGCAGGCAUCAUUUGGGGCGACGACUUCAAGAUGGGCGAUCCCGACGACGUAUUGCCUUAUUUUAAGACAUUCGGAUCUUGCAUGAUGAGCGAGGUAGCGUGCAUGGAGGUUCUCAAUACCAACAUUGCAAAAUCCACAUUUAUUGCUUCCAUUUCUCAUGAACUUCGCUCUCCACUCCAGGGCAUACUUGGAGCCGGGGAGUUUUUAGAAGAUACGACGACUUCAGCUUAUCAGACAAGCCUCAUAGGCGCGGUGGAAACAUGCGGUAAGACGCUAUUAGAUACCAUCGAUCAUCUUCUCGACUACGCGAAAAUCAACAAUUUGAACCGAGCGGGCUCGCGCUCCGUAGAAUCCAAGAGGGGCAAGAUCUGGAAGAGCGCGCGCGAUAUGGCGGAACCUCUGUCGGAUAAUUUUGACCUUGCUCUUCUGUUAGAAGAGGUGGUUGAAGCAGUUUUCGCGGGUCAAACUUUUCGCAAGAUAAACCUCCGACAACAUGAUCCCGUCAAUGAUUCGACGGCACAAAUAAAAGCGAUGAGCAUUGAUGACGCGUCAACGACCGAGGAGCAGAUCCACUCUGGCAGCCAGAAGUUUUCCGGUAAAGUAUUCUUAGUACUUCAUAUCCAGAAAUUGGAAUCUUGGUGCUUGCAAGGACAAACAGGGGGGCUUCGCCGCGUUAUCAUGAACGUUGUUGGCAAUGCCAUUAAAUACUGCGCCACAGGAUGUAUCGACGUGUCACUUAGGGCGAAACAAGUGAAGAAAUCCGACAUUGAGGUCGAAAUUUCUGUAAAAGACACCGGAAUUGGAAUGUCGCAAAGUUUCCUCUCUAAUCACCUAUUCAAAGCCUUCACACAAGAAGACUCAUUCAUGCCAGGGACAGGUCUCGGUCUUUCGAUUACGUCCCAGAUCGUUGAGAAUAUGGGUGGUGGUAUUAAGGUUGAUAGUGAGAAGGGGGUUGGGACGCAUGUCAAUAUCUCAAUUCCGAUGCAGAUCGCUGCCGCGGGAUUAUGCGGCGGCGUUCAGUGCGACAAUCUGCGCGAUGCGAUGAAUGCUGCUAGGGGCAAGAAGGUCUGCCUGCUAGGCCCUGUCAUUGGCAGCAAGGGAAGUCCUAGCAGAGAGCUUUCCGCGCUUGAGUCCUCCCUUGCUACCUUCUGUCGAGAUUGGUUCGAUAUGACUGUCAUCGAAACCGAUUCUGCUGAGGCCAACAAGGACACGGCAAUCUACAUAUAUGCCGAGCCGCCGCCGAUAGAACGCCUCCUAGAGCGAACGAAAGAGGGAGGGUAUGAUAAAUCAGCUUGGCUUGUCAUAUGUACGAAUGCCUUCGAAGCUGCUGCGCUGCGGACAGCUGGUAUCGAGGAUCUUGUUUCCCUUGGUAGGAUAAUUGAGGUCAUCAGCCAACCUGUGGGCGUGCGUAAGCUUGGGAAGGUACUGUUACAGUGCCUCCAGCAUUUUGGAGGCAAUGAGACGAAUGAAAAGAAUAACGUUCAGCAACCGCGCUCUAGGACACCUUCGCCAUCUAGUGCACAUUACCGAGCCUCAGAAGAUAAUUCGGCGACUGGAUCUAGUUCUUUGCCGGCCGUCACCGACCAGAAGAAGGGGCCAGGGAGGCCAUCGCUAAAAGACUUUAAGUGGAGAACGGAGCAAUUGCAGACGAAGAUUCCUCUGGAUAGGAGGGUAGUCCCGAUAUCGCGCGUCAGCGACAUAUCCAGCUUUUCGGCCAUCCAGCGGAGCCGCACGCAAUCUAGAGACUUGUCGGUCCGGUCGCCGCGCAUACUCCUCGUGGACGACAACGCGAUCAACCUCAAGCUCUUGGUGACCUUCAUGAGCAAGAUCGAGCUGCCGUACGUUGAAGCCAUGAACGGCCUCGAGGCGGUAACCAAGUUCAAGGAUACGACGGACAAGCAACGCUUCGACUUCGUGCUCAUGGACGUUCAGAUGCCGGUCAUGGACGGCCUGGAGGCCACGAGACAAAUCCGCGAGUUCGAGAGACAGAAGAGGGCCGCCGGGAAGGCGGUGACGUCGGCGAAUAUCAUCGCGAUCACGGGGGUGGGUAAUGAGGAUAUGCGGAAGGAGGCCAUGGUGGCCGGGGUUUCCCAGUUCCUGACAAAGCCGAUCAAGUUUAAGGCACUGCAGCAGAUUCUGCUUGAGCAAUCCGCCAUUGGACAGGGUGGCCCUUUAUGAGGCGUUUGUUCUUCUCGCGUACCCUUCGCUGGUUGAUUUAGGUGCCGGUACUUACGGCUUGAUAUGAUUUUUAAUCAUCUACAACAUCGGAUUUCGGAUUUCGAAACUACCAUGAUAGGUUUCAUCGGUCGCAUACCCUUGGGAGUUUUGAUGAUUUCAAUGUCAUUUACCCAUCAACCUGCUAUGUAACUUAUUCAUACCAUCUAUCGUUCAAUUAGCAUAUCAUCUUUGCGGCUGUUGACCUACCUACGCGGGUAGCUUUCAUCUUUUUUUUGGAAACGGGUACGGGUAGUUGGGGACAGCACCACGAUUGGUUACAUCGAUAACCACAAUAUUUCUACUUGGCAUGUAAUAGGUAGUAAUUAAUGAAUCGGCAUUUCAACUCUUUGUUGAAUAUUAAAAUAGUCAUUGUUGUAAGUUAUAUUUGACAAUUUCUUGUUGAUGCUGAAAAUAAAGUCUUCAUG